AUGCAUUCGAUUGUGGCUGUCGCGCUACUGGUCUCCGCAGUGAGUGGCAAGGUGAUUUGGGAGGACGACUUUAACACUCUGGACCGGAGUAAAUGGAGCUUCGAGAAGGGCAACAACAAUGGGUGGGGAAAUGCGGAACUCCAAUGCUAUACGGACAGCAAUCAGAACGUGAGGGUGGAGAAUGGACACUUGGUGAUUGAAGCGAGAAAAGAGAACAAGGACGGAUGCGCGUUCACGUCGGCCAGGCUGAAGACUAAGGGCAAAUUCGAAUUCAAGUAGGUUUUUAGGCAUGUUGUGGCCAGAAAACAAUGAUAUUGCAAGGAAAAGUGCAACAUCAGUCUGUCGGGGAAAUAAUGAGCACUCAGUCGCAUUGAAAAUCGCUCGACCUGCGCAUUUUAAUAUACGAGUACCUAGCUGACUAUAGCAGAAAUUCCUUGUAUGUCAUAUUGUUCUGGAAAUCCGCGGUUUUUUAACAGUCUGUCGGGGAAAUAAUGAACACAUUAAAGAAAUCGCAUCGUCGCCGAGAAAAUAAAUUGUGUCGAGGAAAAAUCAAAUUGCUUUUCACUUCAGCGACGUGAUUGGCGUAGCGAAAUUGUGCUCAUUAUUUUCCCGACAAGUCGAUAUUCACGACAUAUCAGUUCGUCGCGAAAAUAAUGGGGAUUUUUCGCACCAAAGUUUCUCAUCUCCGGCUGCGGCAGCCAAAGCGAUGCUGGGUGAUUCCAAAGCGCGACAAAUCUAUAGUAUUUUACCGACAGACUGAUAAGAUCAGAGCUAAAAAACAUGUCUGACAGCGAAAAAUGAAGUGCCUUUCGACAUGCCUAGAAGAUUUCAUAUUGAUUUAGACAUCAGAUGAUGACCUAAAGUAAUAUCGAUUUUACUAACGAUUCACAUCAGCAGGGGUUCUAGAUUUUAUAGCAGUAGAAGCUACAUGAAGCCAGCUUUUAUUUGCCAUAUAAUUCUUAGGGUUACCUUUCUCGCUACUAUCGCUACAGACCAAAAGUUAAAGGACUAUCUUGGAGUUUAAGGAUAUGGACUAGAAGCAUUUUCCCUGCCCUCUUGACCACAAAAAGCUGUUCAAAAUCCCUGCCACAGCUUCUGUAUGCUAACUAAAUCAUCAUAAACAAGUUAACCUUUUCAGAUUCGGCACCAUCGAAGCCAGAAUCAAGCUGCCGAACCUGCGAAACGGCCUGUGGCCCGCGUUCUGGAUGCUCGGCGCCGAGUCCGAUACCUGGCCCGACCAAGGCGAGAUCGACAUCAUGGAAGCGGGCGUGGCGGACGCGAUUGCCUCGGGCAAAGUGAAUCAAGAGAUCCUGGGAACGUUCCACUGGAACAGCAAUGGACAUGCCCAAUACGGCCGCAACUUGGUCCUGCCCAACGACAUCACCACCGACUUCCACAUCUACAAAGUCACUUGGAACCCGAACCAAAUCCAAAUGUUCUUCGAUGGAAAGGAGUACAUGACAUUCAACAUCCAGCCGCUGCCCGUUUUCCAGAAGAAAUUCUACUUCCUUCUGAACCUGGCGGUCGGCGGAAACUUCCCGAACAUUCAUAGCGCCGGCGGCAUUACCGCGCCAUUGCCCGGACAAAUGCUGGUCGAUUAUAUCAGGGUUUCACAGUAG